AACUUUGAGUAUUUUUGGCACCGGUCAAGGCGUAAAACGAGGCUUAUCCGCUGGCAGGAUCGAGCAGCUCCAGCGCGGUGUGCGCACAAUGUUCGCAUCCUCACACCUCAGCGUCGUAUAGGAGGCCUUCCUAUUGCUCCGACCGCCGCCUCACCGACCUGGCCAUCUGUACAUAUUACCAGGCUCGGCAUACGGCGCGCCACCAUUUAAUGUUUGGACUUCGGCGCCCCUGAUCCGGCACCUGGAAAGUCAAAAACAAUUCGCAAUGGCGACGUCGGAGAGUGGUGAGGACGAAAGUCCCCGCGUGUCAUUUUCGCGCCCUCCCCAUGACCAGCCAGAGGACAAGAUGCUUAAGGAAGAUGCCGUCCAAGUCUUCCAACACAACACAACGAUGGCGGCGGCGGCCGCGCCACCGAAAACGAAAGAAGCCACGAUUACUGACCCGCAGAAAGUUAAGCGCGACGAAUACAUCAUGGACACGAAUAAUAGCAGUAUCGUGUCGAAGCGGUCCGUGGAGAAGCUUUACUACCAAGGCGAGCCUGAGUAUUUCCGACAUUUUGUUAGCAAGUUCAAGCGGCGAUCGCCGCUGAUCAACAGAGGCUAUUGGCUGCGGAUGAGAGCAGUCGACCAUACGGUUACCCGCUUCUUAGCUGAGCGUACUGCGAAACGAAAAGUAGUCAUCAACCUUGGCUGCGGCUAUGAUCCACUACCUUGGCUUUAUCUUGGCAAACAUCCCGAGCUCUGCGUGAACACCACCUUCGUGGAUGUGGACUACCCGGUGCUUAUGCAGAACAAAUUAGGCAUAAUCGACAAGACCGAGGCGCUCAAGGUCCUUUUACCCAAACUGACAAAGACUAACAGUGAGUCUGGGCUUCUCGCGUCAAGCGAUCCGUACGUGGCUAUCGGUUACGAUCUGUACAACCUCGAUGCGCUUCGAAAUACGCUACAAGAUCACUUGCGCAUCGAAGAUACAUCAUGCGCCGUCCUAUUCGUCGCUGAGGUGUCAAUCGCCUACAUGGAGAAGGAAGGCUCGCAACAUGUCAUUGAAUGGGCCGCCAGCCUUCCGGAUGUACGAUUCUGCUUGCUUGAGCAACAUCUACCGGAUGGGGAGGAGCACCCGUUCGCGCAAACGAUGUUAGCACACUUUGAGAAGCUGCGUACGCCACUGACUGCCAUUGGCACCAUGGCUGAAAUGAAGCAACGGUUUGCCGACGCCGGCUGGCCUGAUGCUGGAAUCGACAUCCGAUCGUUAUGGGAGCUGUGGUCUGAUCCUACGUUCUUGACGCCCGAGCAACGGCGAGCGCUCGACAAGGUAGAGCCAUUCGACGAAUGGGAGGAGCUAGCGUUGUUCGCUUCACAUUACUUCCUGCUGCUAGCUGAGCGGAAAGGAGACCAAGACUGGUCAUACCGCCCUUACCGGCAAUCGCUAGCCGGCAGCACUUCCCGCGUCUCUCUAGUUUCGAGUCCAGCCAGCAAUGGCGACUCACCAGUGCCGGACGUUCCGCAGGAGCAUCCGUUGCAAGCGCCAGAAUUGCCAGGCAACAGCGUAGCAAGACGGUAUGCUGCGUUGGUACCGGCCACAUCAGAGAUUUCGGAAGGAGAGGCAGUAGGCUUGCUGGCUGGCAUAGGCACGCAGGAACGACUAACAGACUGCGAUACGUACUCAAGGACGGAAGACAUCUUGCCAAUUACAGGUCCGCCAAUGCGGACCGGCAUCAUGUGCCACACUGUGACCAGGCUAGGGAGCACAUCUAACUGUUUGAUGGCCGGAGGCAGAACUUCGCCGGACAAGGCAACCGCAGAAUGCUGGCUGCGGCAGGACGGCAUGUGGCGGAGAGCACAAAGUCUACCUGAAGGACGGUACAGACAUGUAGCUGUACCCCUGCGUCUACCGACUGAGCCCCGGCCAGCACACACUGUGUUGAUCUUCGGCGGCAAAACGAGCGACGGCCACGUUCUCGACGAGUGGCUACUCUGGAUGGGCGAUGCUGGUUGGCGAACAAUACACGUAGCUGGCGAUCCGCCACCUGCGCGCUUCGGCGCUUGCAUGAUUACAGAUCACCGAGAAGGUGUGUCUGGUGUGCUCGUGGGUGGUAUGACUAGCGCUGGACGUGUACUGGGUGACUUCUGGCAUUGGAGCUUGGAAAGUGAUAUGAGCCUUCAUUGCCGAAAUGUCACUGCACGAGCCUCUGCUGUACUACGGCAGAACGCGGGUAUCCUUGCUCGCUUCGGUGCGUCACUUGUACGCACUAACAGAGGCAUUCUAAUGAUCGGCGGCAUCUGUGGUGGACGGCUGCUCACGAGCCAGGACGAAAUUUUGAACAUGAAGACAUUACGAACGCAUCCUGUACAGGGCAAGCGGCCGCUCUUCUGCGGCGUCAACAUUACCGACGUUGAUGGUGGACUAAUAGUACUAGGCGGCGGAGCAAACUGCUUCUCCUUCGGCACAUACUGGAACAAGCCUGCGAUCCUCACAGACGACCCGAGCGCCUCUUUGCGCAUUGGCUGGCAUCUACUAACCACUCAGAGGCCGGACAGCUCACAUCAAGACAUUGUGAACGAAACGGUAAAGCAGGGCGAGCAGCAACAGCAAAUGGCUAACGGACACAGUGUCUCGCCAGACCUGAGAAUGCCCGAUCCGAUCAAAGUCCCGCGAUUAAGCCUUACAAUGGGCGGCGUUGACUUUGAACAGUGCGUGAACGACGGCAAACCACUUGUGUUCUGCGAUGGCGACAUAGGCCCAUGCGCCACCAUGUGGAGCACCAGCUACCUCAAGGAAGCAAUUGGACCGGAGCGCAAGGUCGUAGUGCACACAACGUCCAGUGAGAAGAUGGACUUCGAGAAGAGGAACUUCAGCUACAUCACUCAAGGCUUUGGCGCCUUUGUCGAUGCUUGCGAGAGAGGAGAGAAGCUCUACCUGCGCAGCUUGUCGAAGGGCGCACCGAGCGAGCAACCGACGAACCUCGCCGACGACUAUCCGGAGAUUGCGGCGGACUUUGAGCUGCCGGGCGAGCUGAUCUACGUGGUCGAGAACCUGCACAGCUCGCCGUUGAGGAUCUCCGGACCGGUCACCAUGUGGCUGCACUACGAUGUGAUGGCCAAUGUACUUUGCCAAGUGCGUGGUAGAAAGCGCCUUAUGCUGUACCCGCCUACGGACGUCGGAAGUCUUGGGUUCGCUCCGGGCUCGUCGAGCUCAUCUCUGGACGUCUUCAACAUACAUCCCUCAUUACGACGGACGCUCGUGAACACACAUCCCUUCGAAGCCAUACUUGAGCCCGGCGAUAUCCUGUUCAUACCACCUCUGUGGGUCCAUACCGCAGCGCCCACACAAGGCGUUAGCGUCGCCGUCAACAUCUUCUUCCGCAACCUCGAGCAGAACUCGUAUGCAGCAGGCAGAGACGUCUACGCGAACCGCGAUCUCGCAGCAUACGAGCGCGGCCGCAAAGACAUUGCCAAGAUCGUGAAGGCGUUCGAAAGUCUGCCAGCCGAUGUGAGCGGGUUCUAUCUGGAACGCCUGGCGAACGAGCUCAUGGAGAAGGCGAAGUCUAUCGCAGUCACUUCACAGUUACACACGGUAUACGCUGAGCUGUCAUGAGGGAGGCGAGGAAGGAAUGUCUGUCAGGCAUGUUGAUGCUUGAGGUCUUGUAUAGCGGUACCUUUGUGAUCGCAAUGCGCCAGCCAAGCGACUCGGCGGUGGGAAGACCCGUUAGUUCGCAGCACGCUUGCGAAUGGUUCCCGCCGGCUCCAGACUCCCACAGAGACCCGCACCUGCCGUUGAGCUGC